UUUUGUUAAUUCAAUGUAGACGAGGCGGAACAGGUUUCUUUUAUAACAAACGAUUACAUUUUUACAUGGAAUUACUAACGAUAUAGUGUAUGAGAAUGGAACAAGAUAAAGAGACGGUUAAACCGGGUUCAUAAUUAUGUGAGUUAGUACGGAUGAUGACGCUGGUUCCCGGUUUGGUCCUCCUGGUCUUCGUGGCAGGGGCAGGUGGUGUUGGUCAGUGUAACUGGCCGGCUACCCUACAGGACAGCGUGUGGCUGGACAGCGACAAGGGCGAUCUGAACUUCGAUACGAAGACCAUGACGGGCCUCACCUACAUCGUGCAAGGCACGUUUCCCUUGAAUACCUGGAGCUGCUUCUACUACAACGACAACGACAUCCUCAUCAUGAAGGCUUCAACGGUUGUGAAGAUUUUCAACGUGUACUAUCAGCCAUUCCAAUGCUGGAAGCUGACCCAGAUAACAGACCACUCCUUCUACUACUACGCGCAAACAGGGAAGGAGUCUCGUGUGGCGGAUGAGCGGAUCGUGCUCCGAGACAACAAGACGAUCACGGACAUUACGGACGCAGACGUAGAGAGCCGCCUGUGCCCCAGUAGCCCCACCGUCCCCGAGUACCACCUUCUCGUGGAGGACAGUCAGGAGUUGGCGGCAGUGCAGGAGUGUCCUGGGAUGCUUCUGGACGACUUCCAUUACAGUGUGGACGGUGCAUGCGACCAGGGCACGGAGCAUUGGGAGUCCUGCCAAGACACCACCACCAUGACAUUCAACUACACGCUCUGUGCCACGCAUAUCGCAUACUCAAUCGGGGGGAGUGUGCGGUGUAUGGUGACGGUGCCGUACGGCGACUCCUUGCUCGUCACCGUUUACAACGAAGACAGUCCUUCCCUUUCAACACAACAAUUCACGUGCUUUCUCGCCCGGCAGACGGAGUCGGGGACGGUGGAGGUGUCUCAGUCUCCCGGAAGUUGCACGGAGAAUCAAACUUCAACAUUCGUGGAGAGCUCACAGGGCCUUAUCAUAGUCCUAACACCAUACGAGACAUACCCUACAACCACCAGCACAAGUACCACAACAAGUUCUACUACUUCUUCCACAUCCUCCACCACUUCCUCUACAACAUCAUCCACUACGUCAUCAACAACGUCAUCGACGACGUCAUCAACAACUUCAACCACUACUCCAACAACGACAACUACAUCAACAACAACGACAACACCCACGACAACAAGCUCCACAACUUCGUCAACAACAUCCAGUACAACGUCGACAACGUCAAGCACAAGCACGUCAUCAACAACGUCUUCUACUACUUCGUCAACGACUUCAUCGACUAGUUCAUCUACGUCAUCGUCCACUUCAACAACGACACCGACAACGACGACCACCACCAUUACCACCACCACACCUCAACCGCCAACAACAGAAAAGCCAAAUGACAACACCCUGGUCCUUAUUGCAGCAAUCCUUGGUGGUCUAGCGAUAUUUCUUAUACUUGUGGUGGUCGCUGUGUUUAUCAUUUUCAAGUGCUGUCGAAACACACCCCGUUCUGUAACUCCUGAACCUAUAAAGGACCCGACACCGCCGCCAACACCAGAACCUGAUCUGAUAAUAGAAGCGAUGCAGCACACAACCUCUGGGAACGCAUUGAUGACACCAAGGUCCGUUCUUGGGCCCAGAGAGACGUCCAUUCUGGAAGACUUUCGGCCAAAGACGAACCUGCUCGUGUUCCCGGGAGCGAAGACGAACAACUUCAAGCUCACUAUGGCGACCCCAACGCCGGAUGUUUUAGGUCCCUCUCCAUCCCCUGCACAGAAAGGUGGAAUCAGCUUCUCACCUUUCAGGUCCAGUACCAGUGUUAAAAGAAGCAGCAGCAUGUUGAAUCCUUCCCACAGUCCAAUCAUGGAGGAGGAGCAAGUACCGUCAUUUCAGAAAUCCCGCAGUAUGAAGAGUCAGUCCGGAGUGCAUACGCCACAAGACUACAUCCGGGUAAGACCGUUACCAGAGGACCUUCCCUCUUCGCCCCCGCCCCCGGUUUUCAGACAAAACCUGUCCCGACAGAGUGUGUCACCGUCACAAAGCAUAAUGGCAAACAUAACAAACGCCUCACAAGCGACACCACACGCCAAUGUAGAGACCCAUGAACACGACAGACGCUCUCCUCCGGGCGCAUCACGGAGCUCAAGUCAGUUCAAUAUCAUUAAACUGCAGACCCCAACACAUACAAUGGGGCUAUCAACAUAUAUGUCAACCGAUACUUUUUUCAAAGAGCGGUCAACACCAAGUGUCCAUGACAACCCCAUGGAGGAUCAUAAAGGAGUAAAUAUUCCUGCAAAUAGUAAACCAGUAAUUAUAACACCCGAAGUUGAAAGGUUAAUAAAUAUGAAAAGUAGACUUGGUUACGACACCCCAAAUACUGCAAGGAUCCACGACGCAGACAUCGAACAAAGCUACAGCUCAGAACACUCUGUAAAAGAUGGCGUCAAUGACGCUACACUGAAAUCAAAAAUUGAUGCGACAGGAAACUCAGAUACAUUAUUCAAGACUCUAGAACCCGGAGAAGGCACGGUCUCAAAAAUGGCUGAAGAUGUUAUUUUAUUGAAUACACCGGAAAAUGAUCUCAACUCCGGAAGGACCACCGCGAAUGACGUCACGUUGCCGGAAAUACCCUCGCCAGCAAAGGAGCCGGUCAGUCUAUCCGGCCCUCAGUUGACGUCGUCCCCCGUGGGCGGGGCCAGCCCGGUCCCCAGACAUUUUAACCUGUACACAAGCCCCAUCAAGGCCGUUGCCAAUGAGACGGAGAAACUGUACAGCAUGGACAUCGACCUCAUUUAGCCUUUAGUACAAACAUUAUUUUAUUAGCAUUUAUGGCAUGUACAUGUUACAUUGCUUAGAUGCGGUCAGUAUACAUUAAAUACACACAGGACCUCAGAUAUGACCAUCUUGUUUAGUUUCUUAUUUUUGGAUUAUUUUUGUUUAUAUUUUGUUGAUAUUGUUGACAAUUUGUUGUUUGUUUGCUUGAAUGAUCUCAAAAAUGGUAAGAUCUGGGAUAUAAUAAAUGUUACGAGGUAACUGAAUUGA